AUGUCAGCGCCGUCUCUGGUUGCCCAGGCCGCGGAUGCCCGAGAUGUGAUCGGUGGUUUCUUCAAAACUUUCCCCAACCCGCGUGACCGAAUGGAUAUUGAUCCUCAGUUGGUGCUGGCGGGCAAACUUGAUGACACCAAGAUCCGCACUGUGAAACGUCAGAUCUGGGAAAUGACAGGCGAUGGAAAGAAGCAGGAGCUGCCUGUCAAUCAAGAGUACGUCCUGUACGAGGGGAGCAUGUAUGUGUGCGUACAUUUGUUUGAGGUAGAUGGUAACAACCAUGCCGAAGUCUACCUUUGGUGUGGUGACGACGUGUCAGAAGCAGCUCUGGACGACGCACAAUUGUUUGCCCGUAAAGUCUCUCGCGAGCAUAGCUGCAAGUUGCAAGUGAUUCGUCAGGGUAAAGAGCGCCUGCGGUUCAUCCAGGCCCUUGGUGGGAUCAUCAUCACUCGCCGUGGAUCUAGCUCCCGCUCUACUUCCUCUUCCCUGUACAUGCUUUGUGGACGCAAGCAUCUGGGGCAGAUGGCCUUUGAUGAAGUCGACUAUUCACUCCGCAACCUGUGCUCUGGUUUCCCAUUCGUGAUUUCGGCGCCCUUCGGCAAGCUUUAUCUAUGGAAGGGUAAGGGCAGCGGGCCCGAGGAAACCGGUGCCGCCCGACUGAUCAGCAUGGAUCUCGGGCUGACCGGUGAAUUUGAAGAAGUGUCUGAGGGUGAAGAGCCCGAGAACUUCUUUGAUGACUUCGCAGGCUCCAAUGAAGCAAACGCGCUUCUGACUUCCGACUACUGGAAAUUGAAGCCCAAGUUUGAUCAUUACCGGACCCGCCUUCUCCGGAUCGACCACGAGCUGGGCCAACCACCCCGUUUCUGGAUGCGCCGUCCUGGCUCUGGAUCCCCGACUGUCCGGCCCAACGAUACCGUCCAGGAGAUCGAACCCUUCUGUUACAGAGACUUGACAGAUAAAGAUGUCUACGUCCUGGAUACCUUCUUCGAGAUCUACGUUAUUGUCGGCGAACAAGCAUCACAAAAGUCCGCUGACUUCGCAUCUGCUGUGGUGUUCGCACACGAGUACGGUAUUCUCGCCGCCUCGCUCCAGGAUCGACCAUUUAUUCCGAAGAGUUUCGUUGCUCUUGGCGGUAUCCCAGACCGAUGCCAGAGUGCCUUCCGAAAAUGGGACGUGGCUUCUCUCCACGCUCCUUGCGUGUUCCCUCUUGAUGUGGCGAUCGAAGCCAUUCGCUCUCCGGCUGAAUAA